AUGGACCUGGACAGUAAACGGCUGGUGGUGGUGGUACCCAACGACGUGCUGGUGCCCUCUCGCAGAGUGUUGAGCAGCGAGGAUGAGGCCUGGAGGAGCUACCUGGAGAACCCGCUGACCGCUGCCACUAAGGCCAUGAUGAGCAUCAACGGAGACGAAGACAGCGCGGCAGCACUGGGACUGCUGUACGACUACUACAAGGUUCCCAGAGAGAGAAGAUGUUCCUCAAGUGGUGUUAAACCCACAGAGCCCUCUCCGAUCGGGCCUGAGAACUGCGGUAGCCUGGAGAUGCUAGAUUACCAUCUUCAGGCUCUCAGAUCCAUGCCCGUCAACCUCUCCCGAAACAACAACAACAACAACAACAACAACAACAACAACAACACCACCACCACCACCACCACCGCUGCAGAACAUCAGGGCUCCAAGUAUGGUGUUGUCAGCCUCGCAGGAGACACCAGAGGAGGAGAGGGUAAAGGUGGAGGUGGAGCGCCUCGGGCUCUGGUCAAGACAGAGGGCCAGACCUCCAUGGGAGUGUCCUGCUCUGCAGGGUCCUACAGAGAGGAGAUGAGGAUGGCUUACGAGCAGAGCCACUAUGAUUUGUCCCACGCCGGGUACUUGAAAGAUGAACAGAGAGGCACUCCGGGCAGCACAUAUGAGGACGCUGGAGAAGGAGAGAUGUACCACAGGAGCCCCUCCUCAGGAGUUGAUGAAUUCCGCCACAGCCCACCCACUGGAAGCUUCCAGUACUGUCUGGAGGCCAGCAUGUCGCUGCGGCCGUGGCAGGGAGAAGGACCCAUGGCGUACCUGAACCGGGGCCAGUUCUACGCUCUCACACUGUCGAAGGCCGGCUUCAGAUCCACCCAACGUCAGCCCAGAGGCAAAGUGCGGGUGAGUGGGCCGACGCCGUCACGGGGGCCCGAUGGGGGUCCAUCCAGCAAUGAGCAAUGCACCAUGGGAGGCUCUGAGCUGCAGCGGGAAAGUAUUGUGCAGAGUGUUAUCAUGGUCGUCUUUGGGGAAGAAAAGUGCAGAGACGAGCAGCUGAAGAAUUGGAAAUACUGGCACUCCCGGCAGCACACUGCCAAACAGAGAGUCCUGGACAUUGCCGACUACAAGGAGAGCUUCAACACAAUCGGGAACGUGGAGGAAAUCGCCUACAACGCCGUCUCCUUCACGUGGGACGUCAGCGAAGAAGCUCAGGUCUUCGUGUCUACCAACUGUCUGAGCACAGACUUCUCCUCUCAGAAGGGCGUGAAGGGGACGCCCCUGAUAAUCCAGAUCGACACCUACAGUUACAACAGUUGCAGCAGCAGGCCCAUCCACAGGGCCUUCACCCAGAUCAAGGUCUUCUGCGACAAGGGCGCUGAGAGGAAGCUUCGCGAUGAGGAGAAGAAGCAGCUCAGGAAGAAGAUGAAAGGGAAACAUGGCAGCUCAGGACAGAUGUCUCCCUGUAAGAAGGCGGAGAACACGCUGUUCAAAGGCAUGACGGACCUGGACUCCCAGCCGGUCCUCUUCAUUCCUGAUGUCUACUUUGGGAACAUGCAGAGAGCUGGGCAGGUGUUUGCUUUCAACAUUGAAGAGGGCAACAGAGACGGAAGUGUUCUGGUGAAAAGGAUGUCAUGUGCUGCUGAGGAAGAUGUCUGUCCACCUCAACCCAAGAAGUCCAAAGUGGAACUGGAAAGGAAAGUUCUGCUGUAUGUGAGGAAGGAGUGUGAUGAAGUGUUUGAUGCCUUAAUGCUGCGCGCCCCAACCCUAAAGGCAUUGAUGGAGGCAAUCUCAGAGAAAUAUGCAGUACCUGUUGACAAGAUGGCCAAAGUUUACGGAAAAAGCAAAAAAGGGGUCCUGGUGAACAUGGACGACAACAUCAUCCAGCACUACUCCAACGAGGACACCUUCAUCCUGGCUAUCGAGAGCUCGGCAGAAUCUUUGCUCGUCACUCUGUCAGAAAUCUGAGGGGCUGUUGACCCACAGCGCUGUGCUCGCCAGUCAUCCAUAAUUUGGGCAGUGGCGAUGCCGGUGGCCUUUGCCACAGGGCAGCAAGAGUGAUCAUUGCUAGCAGUAUUAGACGUGUUCCUUGAGGAAAGCCACGUUGGAGUCUCUGUUUGCUGUCCUCAAUGGACUCGUCAGCUAAACUCCAUCCACCAGGCAAACUACACCUCCACCUCACUACCCGACCUGCUGGAGGAGGGUUCCUUGCAUUAGGACACUGCCAUGUCCUGAUUGGGCCACUUCCAUGAUAUUUCCUGGCCUAACUACCCAGAAGAGAGGUCUUUUAUUCAGGUCCCCACACUGUGGUUUCACAGGAAGCAGGCGACCCCGGGACACAGGAGUCUUGUUGAAUUAACAGCAGGGACUGCUGCUUGCUUCCUCUGUGCCUUUUUGUCCUGUUUGCUCUCCUAGUGGUGGAAGCUUUAAACAUUUUAUGCUGGCACUCAACAUAUCAAAGCACAUGGAUUAUUGUUUUGUAUGUAUAUAAUUGUUUUAGAUGUGUCUCAAAUAUGAACUUACUCUUAUCUUUCUUGGUUGUCCAUCUUUUCAAUGUACUGCUUACUAAAUGAUCCCAGAGUGACCCCCCCCUCCCCCCCUCCGUUGAGGCACCGUUAUGGAACCAGACCGCGAGUCUCCAGGAUGCUGUUCCACUGUUUGGCUUCCUCUGUGUCAUCCACUGAUUUUAUACAGCCAAUCCAAUGCAAACAAUCGGAGUUGAACAGAGCGUUUUUUCCUCCCUUUCCCCCGCUGCCUGUGUUGAACACGCGGACAGCUUUAUUAUCCUUCUUUUGCUUCAUGCUCCAUAAUGUACAGUCUUUUAAAGUAGUCAAUAAAUAUAGUUUUA